AUGUCAUCAACAUCAGGGAAUGAUCGAGAGAUUUCUCCAACCAGGGAUCAAGAAACUUCUGAGACAGUUGCGUACAUCAAAUCAAUUAGUGCUAAUAUUUUAUCUCAAGAGGAACUCAACAAGAAAGCAGUGACCAUUUUGAGAAAAACAACAGAAGAAGCACGAGGAGCCUUCCAAGGAUCAGUAGUCACAGUCAAACUGUUUGUCGAACUCUCACGAGUAAUAACUGUUCAUCCGUUGGGCCCUGAAGCAUUUGGAGAAUGUGUUCAUCAACUUAUCAACACUCAUAAUCCAUUUGAUAACUCGAAUCGUACACAUGUAUCAGUUGCUUUUGAAUCCACUCAUUCUGCUGUACCACUCGCUAGUUUCUUCAAAAGUCUAAACGAAAUAACACCUGAAACAGUUGUGGACUGUGUGGCUGAAAGUGAUCAAUGUCUCGAACUGGACAUUCCAAGAGUGUCAAUCAUUGUCACAUACAUUCGUUCACCUUUUUGA